AUGGCAACAGUUACCAUGCCAUUUGUUGCUACGUUCACCCCUCCAGGAAAUGAAGAAUCUGACUCUCUAAUCGUGCUACAUUAUAAUUAUACAGGGAAGCUUAUUCUAAAAGAAAAGGCAACUGAUCACAUAGGGUUAACAACUGUUUCAUUUCUGAUCAUAUGUAGUUUCAUAGUCCUGGAAAACUUGAUGGUGUUGAUUGCCAUAUGGAAAAAUAACAAAUUUCACAACCGUAUGUACUUUUUUAUUGGUAAUCUAGCUCUCUGUGAUCUGUUGGCUGGAAUUGUUUACAUAGUAAACAUUCUUAUGUCUGGAAAAAGAACUCUGAGCCUGUCCUACACAAUCUGGUUUAUUAGGGAAGGAAGUAUGUUUGUUGCCCUAGGAGCUUCCACUUUAAGCUUAUUAGCCAUAGCCAUUGAGAGACAUUUAACUAUGAUUAAAAUGAGGCCUUAUGAUGCAAAUAAAAAGUACAGAGUCUUCCUUCUUAUUGGAACAUGUUGGCUUAUCUCAGUUUCCCUGGGUGCCUUACCAAUCCUCGGCUGGAACUGUAUCAACAAUUUACCAGACUGCUCAACAAUUUUGCCUCUUUAUUCCAAGAAAUAUGUUGUAUUUUGCAUAAGUAUCUUCAUAGCCAUUUUGGUGGCAAUUGUUAUCCUUUAUGCACGUAUUUACAUACUGGUAAAAUCCAGUAGCCGUAACGUCACUAAUCAUAGUAACUCAGAGAGAUCUAUGGCACUACUUAGGACAGUUGUUAUUGUAGUUGGUGUUUUCAUUGCCUGUUGGUCUCCAUUAUUUAUUCUGUUGCUUAUAGAUGUAGCCUGCAGAGUAAAAGAGUGUGCCAUUUUAUACAAGGCUGACUGGUUCAUUGCUUUGGCUGUCCUCAAUUCUGCAAUGAAUCCCAUCAUCUACACUUUAGCCAGCAAGGAAAUGCGUCGGGCUUUCUUUCGCCUUGUUUGUGGCUGUCUAGUGAAGACUAAUGUGUCUAGAUCUUUGCCUAUUCAGCCCACUCCAGAUCAAAGCCGAAGUAAGUCUAGCAGCAGCAAUGCACAGAAACCAAAGGAUGAUUUCCCACAGAUUAGUGUUCCCUCAAGUAUAACUGAAAAAGAUAAAUCACCAUUUCAGAAUGGAAACUUGUGCAAAUGA